AUGGCCGCUUCGAAAAGCGAAUCCGAUGUGAUUCUCAACCGCGCCAAUGUUGCGCUUGCCCGCAGCCAGCGUCUCGUCGCCUCAUGGCUUCCUGCACCAACCGAAGACGAGCUCGCCAACACCAAGUCCGAAGAAGAGCUCCGGCGCGAGGAAGACGAGAUUUUCACCGCAGUUCCCGAGACACUCGGCGUUGGUGCUCCGCUCCCCGAAAAAGCCGCCGAUGGAAGCUGGAACCGCACAGAACUGAGUUCGAAUGAUAAACUGCGCAAGCAGUUACUUGGCAGGAAUUACGAUAAAAUCAUGAAAGCAUCCGCGACGAACCCAGCAAAUAAGGGCGCAGCGCCGGGCUUUCAAGCAGGGAAAACGGCCCCGUCUGCGGCUCCCACCAAUCAAGACGCCGAAAGCGACGAUGAUGAAGAAGGCCGGACGGCUCUGGUGGGCAAAAAGAGGCGAAGAGUCAGCGCAUCGAUAGCUUCCAAGGAUUCUCAAUCGAAGGACCCAUCAGAAGAGCAGGAGGGCACCCCUAGUACGAAAAGAUGUGCCUGUGCGACAGGCACCUUCUAA